GUCGAUCUACCCGGCUGUCUCGCAUUUACUUGCGUAGUGGCACGACGAACCCGUCUCGCGAGAUUACUGAAGACCUACACGACUCAGAUAUCCUUCCCGCCCCACUCAUUCCUUUCUCCUCGACCUUCGUCGUACCCGUAGCCCACACCUGCCAUGGCCUACUCUCAGCCGUUCCCCCUCGCACAACCCAUCCAGAAGGUGCAGCAGCCGACAUUCGGCCCGGACCUUGCAGUCCGUCUCAUCUGCCCUGAAUGUCGUGACCCGAACCCGAACAUCGUCGAGGAGUUCAGCAGCGGAGAUCUGGUCUGUGGCACUUGUGGGCUAGUGUUGGGCGACAGGAUCGUCGACACAAGGAGUGAGUGGCGGACGUUCGCAAACGACGAGGGCGAUGACCCUUCGCGUGUCGGAGCGGCAUCUGACCCUCUCAUGGAGGGCAUGGAACAGCUGGACACGACCAUUUCGUUCCGGGAUGGUGGUUCUGGCAUAGCGCGCGAGCUGCAGCGCGCAGCAUCUCGUUCGGCGGCGUCGCGUUCGGAGCGAAAUCUCCUGCAGGCAUUCCGCGACAUAGCCGGCUGGUGCGACCAGUUCUCCCUCCCCAAAACCAUCUCCGACAUCGCGAAGCAGUUGUACAAGCGAUCGGACGAGGAGAAGCUACUUCGUGGCAAGCCGCUCGAAGCUGUCAUCGCGGCGUGUAUCUUCAUUGCCUGCCGACAAGCGCAUGUACCGCGGACGUUCCGCGAAAUCUGCAAUCUCACUCACGUCAGCAAGAAGGUUCUUGGGCAAUGUUACAAGGCCCUCGAGCAGGCCUUCAACCUCACACCAGGCGCGUCUCAGGACCGCCACCUGAACGCCCCUAGCGGUACGACCGGUGCCGAGGACCUCCUGGUUCGUUACUGUAACCACCUCGAUCUCCCGCCCAACGUCCAACCUAUAUGCGGGGACAUCAUCGUCAAGGCCCGCGAACUGGGCAUCGCGGAUGGUCGUUCGCCCGUGUCUAUCGCCGGCGGCGCAAUCUACUUCACCUGCUGCCUCCUCGACAAGCCGAAGUCCGUCAAGGAGAUCAGCACGGUCGCGGGAGUCAGCGAGGGUACGAUCAAGCUGGUGUAUCGCCUCUACUAUGCGGAGAAGGAGAAGUUGGUUAAGGAGGAGUGGAUCAGGGACGGGAAGGCGAAGUUGGAGAGACUGCCGGUGGAGAGCGGGUCGAAGUAAGGUGAGGUGACUUUAUCAUACUCAGGAUUAUAAUCCUAUGUGCCAUUGUAUGUAUGCGUAUGGACUCAGCAAUGUUACCACAUGUGAACAC